CCCGCCUCCUCUCCGGGUCCUUUGAUCACGCGCCGGAGGGCUCUUCCGGGGCCAGAGCCAACCCACGGUGUUGCUGUCAGAGCUGCUCGGCGGGAGGGAGCCCAGGGGAGGUGCCCUCCCGAGGCCACCAUUGCCCAUGCAGACCACCCAGCUAUCUGGCUACUGAUGUCAUGAGUAACACGACAGUGCCCAAUGCCCCCCAGGCCAACAGCGACUCCAUGGUGGGCUAUGUGUUGGGGCCUUUCUUCCUCAUCACCCUGGUCGGGGUGGUGGUGGCUGUGGUAAUGUACGUGCAGAAGAAAAAGCGGGUGGACCAGCUUCGCCAUCACCUGCUCCCCAUGUACAGCUAUGACCCUGCAGAAGAGCUCCACGAGGCGGAGCAGGAGCUGCUGUCUGAUGUGGGCGACCCCAAGGUGGUGCUCGGCUGGCAGAGCAGCUACCAGCACAAGCGAAUGCCCCUGCUGGACAUCAAGACAUGACGGUUCACACCCCUCUUACUUGCUAUCCACAGCUGGCCCUAAGCCAAGCCUGUUUUCCUUGUGGAGUGGGUGACAGCCUUGCCUUCUCUAGCCUGCUUGGACCUUGUUGUGGCACAAUCCAAGAGGCCUCUGGAGUUGUUCCCAUGGUGACAGGCCCAGAUGUAUAGUAUCUGGUGUAUAUAUUUUGUAAAUAAACUUUGAUGGCUUCACUUUA